UUCCAGAGUUCCAAACCAGUGCUGCAGCGCUGCACUCAGGUGUUUGUGGGCAUUUUGUAGCCAUGGCAUCCAAGCCCUCAGCCUCAGCUGCCCUCUUCCUUGCCCUCAACCUCCUCUUCUUCACCCUGACCAGUGCCUGCAGCAACUGCCCCGGCUCAACACCGAAUCCCGCCAAUCCCGGUGGUUCAAGUCCUUCCUCCGGCAAUGGCAAGUGCCCCAUGGAUGCCCUCAAGCUCGGCGUCUGUGCCAAUGUGCUGAACGGCUUGAUCAACGUUCACCUCGGCAGGCCGCCAAAGAAGCCCUGUUGCUCUUUGCUCGACGGUCUCGUCGACCUCGAGGCUGCCGUUUGUCUCUGCACUGCAUUAAAGGCCAACGUUCUGGGGAUCAAGCUCAACCUUCCAAUCCACCUUAGCCUGCUUCUUAACUACUGUGGAAAGAAUACCCCCAAAGGCUUCCAGUGCCCUUGAACACUCCAACUCUCUCUUUCGUCCUUUGUUCGAUUUGUUGUGGGUGAAUUUUUUAUCUAAUCCGAAGUGCAUCAUUGUUCCUGUUUUUAUUUAUGUUUCCAUUUCUCGUAUUUGGGAUUUCUUGUUAUUUUGUCACUGGUCGUGAUCAAGUUUCAGUUUAUUGGCACGGAGAUGGGAGAGAGCUCUGGAAGGGCUAUUUGGUGUUUUAAUUAAUUUAUGUUUUGAA